AUGAAAACAAUUUCUUCCUGCUAUGUAUCAUUUCUGGACUCUUUUUUUUUUUUUAGCUACGAUAGCGAGGGCCGUCUAACAAACGUUACAUUCCCAACUGGAGUUGUCACUAACCUUCAUGGGGAAAUGGAAAGGGCCAUUACAGUGGACAUUGAGUCCUCCAGCAGAGAGGAAGAUGUCAGCAUCACUUCCAACUUAUCAUCAAUUGAUUCUUUCUAUACCAUGGUUCAAGAUCAGUUAAGAAAUAGCUACCAGAUUGGUUAUGAUGGCUCACUGAGAAUCCUGUACGCCAGCGGCCUGGACUCACACUAUCAGACAGAGCCACACGUGUUGGCUGGCACUGCCAACCCAACAGUGGCAAAGAGAAACAUGACCCUCCCAGGGGAGAACGGGCAGAACCUGGUGGAGUGGCGGUUCCGGAAAGAGCAAGCCCAGGGAAAAGUCAACGUGUUUGGCCGAAAGCUUCGGGUUAAUGGCAGAAACCUCCUUUCGGUCGACUUUGAUCGAACCACAAAGACGGAAAAGAUCUACGACGACCACCGUAAAUUUCUGCUGAGGAUUGCCUACGACACAUCAGGGCACCCCACCCUGUGGCUACCGAGCAGCAAGCUGAUGGCUGUCAAUGUCACCUAUUCAUCCACAGGUCAAAUAGGCAGCAUACAGCGAGGGACAACUAGUGAAAAAAUAGAGUAUGAUGGACAGGGAAGGAUAGUGUCUAGAGUGUUUGCUGAUGGGAAAACUUGGAGUUACACAUACUUGGAAAAGUCAAUGGUUCUUCUGCUUCAUAGCCAGCGGCAGUAUAUCUUCGAAUACGAUUUGUUGGAUCGGCUUUCUGCUGUCACCAUGCCCAGUGUUGCUCGUCAUACCAUGCAGACUAUCCGCUCCAUUGGCUACUACCGGAACAUAUACAACCCCCCGGAAAGUAACGCUUCUGUUAUAAUGGACUACAAUGAAGAAGGGCAGCUCCUCCAAACUGCUUUCUUGGGGACAAGCCGAAGAGUAUUAUUCAAGUACAGACGGCAGACCAAGCUCUCAGAAAUUUUAUAUGAUAGUACAAGAGUUAGUUUUACUUAUGAUGAGACAGCAGGAGUCCUGAAAACAGUAAACCUCCAAAGCGAUGGUUUUAUCUGCACCAUUAGAUACCGGCAAAUUGGCCCCUUGAUUGACAGACAGAUUUUCCGCUUUAGUGAAGACGGAAUGGUGAAUGCCCGAUUUGACUACAGCUAUGACAAUAGCUUCAGAGUGACUAGCAUGCAAGGUGUCAUCAAUGAAACCCCAUUGCCUAUCGAUCUCUACCAGUUUGAUGAUAUCUCUGGCAAAGUUGAACAAUUUGGAAAAUUUGGAGUUAUAUAUUAUGAUAUUAACCAGAUCAUUUCGACAGCUGUAAUGACCUACACAAAACACUUUGAUGCACACGGCCGCAUCAAGGAAAUUCAGUAUGAAAUAUUUAGGUCAUUAAUGUAUUGGAUUACAAUUCAGUACGAUAACAUGGGACGAGUGACAAAAAGGGAAAUUAAGAUCGGGCCAUUUGCCAACACCACGAAAUACGCUUAUGAAUAUGAUGUAGAUGGUCAGCUCCAGACAGUUUAUCUGAAUGAAAAAAUAAUGUGGCGAUACAACUAUGACCUGAAUGGCAACCUCCACCUGCUCAACCCCAGUAGCAGUGCCCGUCUGACACCGCUUCGCUAUGACCUGAGAGACAGAAUAACUCGACUAGGUGAUGUUCAGUACCGAUUAGAUGAAGAUGGAUUUCUGCGUCAGAGGGGGACUGAAAUCUUUGAAUACAGCUCAAAGGGCCUUCUUACUCGAGUUUAUAGCAAAGGCAGUGGGUGGACGGUGAUUUACCGUUAUGAUGGACUCGGACGACGAGUUUCCAGUAAAACUAGCCUUGGACAGCAUCUCCAGUUUUUUUAUGCAGACCUUACUUAUCCAACCAGGAUAACUCAUGUAUAUAACCACUCAAGUUCUGAAAUCACAUCUCUUUACUAUGAUCUGCAAGGACACCUUUUUGCCAUGGAAAUUAGCAGUGGAGACGAGUUUUAUAUUGCAUCAGACAAUACGGGGACACCACUGGCUGUUUUCAGUAGCAAUGGUCUCAUGCUUAAACAAAUUCAAUACACUGCUUAUGGAGAGAUUUAUUUCGACUCUAACCUUGACUUCCAGCUGGUAAUAGGAUUUCAUGGAGGCUUAUACGACCCACUGACCAAGCUAGUCCACUUUGGAGAAAGAGACUAUGACAUACUGGCAGGCCGGUGGACAACACCCGAUAUUGAAAUCUGGAAGAGAAUUGGGAAGGAUCCAGCUCCUUUUAAUUUGUACAUGUUUAGAAAUAACAAUCCAGCCAGUAAAAUACACGAUGUGAAGGAUUAUAUCACAGAUGUUAACAGCUGGCUGGUGACAUUCGGCUUCCAUCUGCACAAUGCCAUCCCUGGUUUCCCUGUUCCGAAAUUUGAUUUAACAGAACCUUCUUAUGAACUUGUGAAGAGCCAGCAAUGGGAGGACAUACCACCAAUUUCUGGAGUGCAGCAACAAGUGGUGAGACAAGCAAAGGCUUUCCUUUCCCUGGGAAAGAUGGCAGAAGUGCAGGUCAGCAGACGGAAAUCCAGUGGAGAGAAGUCAUGGCUGUGGUUUGCUACCGUGAAGUCUCUGAUUGGGAAAGGGGUGAUGCUUGCUGUCAAUCAAGGCAAAGUGCAAACAAACGUGCUCAACAUUGCAAAUGAGGACUGCAUAAAAGUGGCAGCUGUUCUGAACAACGCCUACUACCUAGAAAACUUGCAUUUCACCGUUGAGGGAAAGGACACACACUAUUUUAUCAAGACCACCUCGCCGGAGAGUGACCUUGGGACACUGAGGCUGACAAGUGGGCGGAAGGCCCUGGAGAACGGCAUCAACGUCACCGUUUCCCAGUCCACCACUGUGGUAAAUGGCAGGACUCGCAGGUUUGCUGAUGUUGAAAUGCAGUAUGGUGCUUUAGCGCUUCAUGUCCGCUAUGGCAUGACGCUUGAUGAGGAGAAGGCCCGAAUACUGGAGCAAGCCAGGCAAAGAGCUCUUUCCAGUGCCUGGGCCAGAGAACAACAGAGAGUAAGAGAUGGAGAAGAAGGCGCCAGGUUGUGGACAGAAGGAGAAAAGAGGCAGUUGCUAAGUGCUGGAAAGGUACAAGGAUACGAUGGGUACUAUGUACUCUCUGUGGAGCAAUAUCCAGAAUUAGCAGACAGUGCUAACAAUAUACAGUUCCUCAGACAAAGUGAGAUAGGAAAGAGGUAACACACUGGCUUAGCUCAGGCUGCCAAAGAGACUGUGUACCAGUGUCUUCUAAAAAGGAGACCAAACUGUUUUGCUGCAUUACUACUUGAGCCUAAGCUUACAUCUUUGCUCAGAUUUUUUCUGUAGCACAAUCUGAACAGACUCUGUGAUGAAAAGAGCGCCUUCCAGAAGAAUGAUACUGCUAAUGACAAAACUUUUUUUUUUUUUCUCAAUGACCUUAAAGGUGAUCUGCUUUAAAGAAUAUGUUUACAUAUGCGUAUCGCUGCACUCAAGUUGGACUGAAAAGUAUUAAAAAAAAAAAAAAAGGAAGAAAAAAGAAAAGAAAAAGGCCUACAGAUUUUGCAACAGGCUGUCUGUUCCUUUGAGGCACUGUAUUCAAUUAAGAUUAAAAGCCCAUACAGUGUUUCCAAAUAUUACUGAAUUGUUGACCUUUGCUUACGAGAAGUAGUCUCUUUCUCUCUUUCUCUCUUUUUCUCUCUCUUUCUCACUACAUAGGAUGUGGUAUAUAUCUGUUAAUUUUAAAACGUGGGGCAAAAAUUACUGUUUAUAGACAACCCAACUGCUUUAAACUGUACUGCUUUCUAAAAGGACAUUGGCACAAGUGACUUAUGCUACCAUGGGAAUUUAAUAAUGGAUUUUACAAUGCUAACAUGGUUUGCCUUGGGGGGAAAAUGGCAAGUAGAAUCCUUGUUGCAGAUAAGCAAAGGAAACCCUGAUUUUUUGUAAAUUAUGUGAGACAAGUUGUUUAUGGAUUUUUAUAUGAAUUACAAUUUACUGUACAUCAAAUAUUAGUCUCAGAGGAGUUAAUUUAUGUAAAGUGUUUAAAAAAGUUUAUACUUAAAAAUAAAAUGAUAAAAACA